UAAAGAGAACCGCUCCGGAAUCUAUUCUGUGAUGUAAAUACAGUAUACAGUAAGGAGUGUAUCGAAGGAUUCACUGUAUUAGGUCGAAUAAUCCGGAUUUUUUCUUAUUUGAUCUUCAAACAUCAAUUUUCGAUCAUGGUUAAUAUAAAGUUAUCCGUACGCUGCACAAUUGGAGUCGAGUUUUUCGAGUUUUUGAAGGAAAGUGAACGAACAUCCAUUACAGACAGAUUGGAAUUAAGAGACAUUUACAACAACGAGUUCAGGACCAGGAAUGCAUUGUCCAGAGAUCCAAACUUCGGUUCAGUUCUCUAUGCCCUGAAGAUGUCCAACAAAAUAACAAGACGGAGGGACAAUAUCCGCUUCAACUCCAAGGUCACGGCUAUUUUUCUGGACCAGUGGCAUUCACCAAAGAGACGCCAGCCAGAACUGGUCCUGAAUGGAGCGGCCAGUCCCGGGACAGUAGAGACCUUCACCUCUGCAGAUCAGGCAUUAACGGGAGUUCGAGCCCGAAGGAAACUUGCGAGUCUUCUGAUGACCAACCUGAAGAAAAACAGGGCUCAAUUCAUCUCCGACAAACAUGGUAUCCGCAUCGACACUGACACUGAACAGUUCCAGAACGGGAAACUUUCCCUGCGCAUUGAUGACACAUGUGAGUGUGUGAUAAAUCUGAAGGUGGAAAACACUGGAACAGAACCAGUGUAUUUCACCUAUUACACCCCGCUGCACUGGCUCAGGGACUUCACACUGAAGGAUGACCUCAACGUCACCAAGGCAAACCCUCUGUGUCUAAAACCAGGUGCCAGCUAUAACAUCCAGGUUAACUUCCGCUGCAGUUUGGUUGGUUUCUAUCCAGCUACACUGGCCUUUGAGUUCAAAGAAGACCUGCAGUCCUCCGCUGCGUUCCACAUAGUGCGCUAUAUCGAAGCUCAGUGUGUAACUGCCUUAGGACUGGAGCUGGCUCCUGUAGCCCCCUACAAACCCCUCCCCCUCCCUGCCUGGACUCCCGAAGAGAGUUUCUUGAUUGAGGAUGGGCAGAAACCUGAAGGGCUGUCAGUGAUGCAGCUCAAAAAUGUGAUUGAGCUGAAACAGUAUAGAAUACCAUCAAACAUGGCCCUGCUCAUCCAGUCACUGAAGCAGCUUUACUCCUGUGAUAAAAGAAGGGCCUUGCUGGAAAGUCCCCUGAGCUGGGAAAACUACACUGAGAAGUUUCAGCUGCUGCUGUAUCUGGAGGAGCUUCAGAUGGAGGUGGACAUCAAGAGAUACAACAUCCCCAACAACGAGAAGGAACACACCACCAUGUCCAGAGACAAGACCAACAAGAAGCUCCUCAAGCUGGAGUUGCCCGGUGUAGCUGAGAACCGCCCGUCUGUUCUCCGGGGGGAUUCCCUGCUGGUGUACCCUGCCGGAGAAAAGAAGGUGAAGUACCGCGGUUAUGUCCAUAGUGUGCUUCUGGACAGCGUCAAACUCGGUUUCAGCUCAAAGUUGCUGGAUCACUUCAUAGACAACAUGAAGUUCAAUGUUGAGUUCACUGUCAACCGGCUGACUGUGCGUGUUCAGCACCGAGCGGCAGAGCUGGCAGCUGUGUUCAAACUGGGAGAGGUGUUGUUCCCCGUGGCAACUGCUGACCCCUCCCAGCAAACUGAGCUUCCCGACCUCAAGCUUUUUGACCGCAAACUGGAGGCAAACGAAGAGCAGUUGAAGGCCGUACAGCACAUUGUGAAUGGCUCCUCCAAACCGGCCCCUUACCUGGUGUUUGGCCCGCCCGGAACAGGCAAAACUGUGACUGUGGUGGAGGCGAUCAAGCAGAUAGAGAAGAGGGAAGCCACCUGCCACAUCCUGGCCUGCGCUCCCUCCAACAGCGCUGCUGAUCUGCUCUGCAUGAAGAUCCUGCAGCACGUUGACGAGCACAAAGUGUUCCGCAUGUACGCCAGCAGCCGCGACCCAGACUAUGUCCCGAAAGAAGUCAUAGCAUGCUCUAACCUGUUAGUGGAUAGUUACCUUUAUCCUGCUAAAGAGAAGCUGAUGGAGUAUAGGAUCAUGGUCACCACUCUGUUAACAGCUGGAAGGCUGGUCACAGGAGACAUUCCUGAUGGUCAUUUCACUCACGUGUUUGUGGACGAGGCAGGACACUCUGUGGAGACCGAGAGCUUAGUCCCAUUGGCAGGGCUCCUCAAUGCAGCGACUGGUCAGGUUGUUCUGGCAGGAGACCCCAAGCAGCUCGGCCCCAUCCUCAGAUCCCCUUUUGCGAUGAAAUACGGCAUGGGGCUCUCCUUCUUGGAGCGCAUGAUGAAAGAUUGCUCUCCCUACCAGAAGGUCGAAGACGAGUACGACAAUCGCUUUGUCACCAAACUGCUGAAAAACUACAGGUCCCAUCCUGCCAUUCUGGAGGUUCCCAACGAGCUCUUCUAUGAGGGAGAGCUGCUGUAUUGCGCAGAUGAAAUGCUACGCAACUGUUACUGCGGAUGGGAAUACCUCAAGAAUAAGAACUUCCCGGUGCUGUUCCACGGUGUGACCGGUGUUGAUGAGCAGGAGGGCAACAGCCCUUCAUUCUUCAAUGUAGCAGAGGUGGAGGUGCUGAUGGAAUAUGUGAGGAAGCUGAUGCAGACGCAGGGCAAGAAGGGCCUGGCCACCAUCUCCCCCCGUGACAUCGGCAUCAUCGCCCCCUACAGGAAACAGGUGCAGAAAAUCCGCAGGGCCCUGGAAAAAGUUGCGAAAGAGCUUAAAAUAGACACUAUGACAUAUCUAAAGGUCGGUUCGGUGGAGGAGUUCCAAGGCCAGGAGAGGAGAGUGAUCCUGGUGUCUACGGUGCGGAGCAGCCCCGAUUACGCAGAGGUGGACAAGAAGUUCAACCUCGGCUUUGUGAAGAAUGAGAAGAGAUUCAACGUGGCUGUGACUCGAGCCAAAGCCCUGCUGAUCGUGGUGGGAAACCCCAGAGUGCUGGACGCCGAUGCUACCUGGGCCCGGUUCAUAAAGUACUGUCGAGAUGAAGGAGGCUACACCGGCUAUGAGCACAUGGAGGAAGACGAUGAUGUGGUGCUCAGACUCUCUGCCCUCUGCAUCGACAUUGGUAUUCAAGUGGAGACAGAAGAGAGCGCUGUUCAGCAGCUUCUGGACCCCGAGUGGAGGAGCGACCUGUGAGGGAGAGGAGAGCACAAACCUCCCUCCUGAUACAUUUGGGUUGCAAAUGACAACAUGUGCCUUUAAUCCCUUGAAGAAAUUGAGCUUGAUUGAAUCUUUCUAAAAAAUCUCAGUUUUUAUUGGUUUAUGUAAACUUUAUGAACUCGACCAAAUGUGAGAAAGGAGCAGCUGAUAAAUGUUAAGAGUGGACCAAUUGUCUAAGCUACCUCGGUGGAAUGCGCUCAUUCCACUUAACUUGAAACAGCUUGUAACACAGGUUCACAACAAAUUAUUUGGAGACUUAAUUUGUUAGUUUUAAAUGUAUUGAGAUGAAAAUAUUGGAAAAUAUUAUUUUUAUUGACUGAGUCUCAGAGUUGUAAUUGUUUUUACUUUUCUCAAUCAUCACUGCUUUUAGAAUAAUGAUUACGUGUUUAAUCUAUUUAGAUUUACACAAUACUGCCUUUAAACAUUUUUCUAACCAAAUUUAAAAUGUUAAUGGUCAUUUUUGAAGUUUUCUUAUGUAAUCCAAACAAAAGUAAUUAUGCUAUUCAGAAAGUUAUACAAACCAUGCUGGAACAUGAAUGUAAAUGAAUUUAUAAAAAGAUAAAAAACUUUGAAAGAUUUUGUGUCAGCCAUUUUGUACAAAUAUUUAAAAAGAAAUGCAAGCAAAACCAAACUAGUUAAGAUUACGCAGUAUUUCAAAAAUACUUUAAUAACAUUCAACACAUCCCACUCCUGUUUGUAAAGCGUCAUCACAAUCAACAUUUUAUCGUGGACUAUGACGUGUGAUAUUACAGACGUAGAGGCACUGUCCAGAAGUGAGCCAAACCCGUAACAUUCUGAUCUCCAUGGAGCUUGGAGCUGAAUGUACUGGAUGAAAAGAUCACCACGGAUGUUGCUUAUGAUUUUGGUAAGAUCAAUGAAGGGACUAGAAAAUAUGCUUAAGUGUCAGUGGCAUGAAAUAGAACCACUGGCUAUGCACUCAGCUAUCCAAUCACAUUUCAAGGAUCGUCCCUUGUGUGUAGUGUCAAAUAAAGGCCUGUUACACAACAAAGCCCCAGUUUUAAAUAGUCAUGGGUGCUAAUGAUCUGUGAGCCAAACCAAGGACAUGGCACAUAGGUAAAAACAACAUUUUAUCUGUCAUCAAGCUAUCAUUUAGACAUUUGUGUACACAUAAUAUGCCUAUAAUCUGUCUGAAUAUUAAUCUGUAAGUGUAUCUAAACCUGCAGAUUGAGUACACAGCGAUAUGGACUGUGUAUUGUGUCCAUGACAAUACACCACUGUUUUCAGUGCCGGCUUAUGCCAUCGCCAUGGAGGACAGACGGAGCAAGGUGCUGUCCAAAACCUCUCUGCACAAAUAGUAACUGCUGCUUCAGUUUAUGUAGGUUUCAGUGAUUAAUGCAGAGUGAACAGGCUCUAAAUGUAGUCCUUAAUGUCAGGAGAGAAAGGCUGGGGGAAAUGGAGGUCUGCUGAUUUAGCACUUGGUGAAAUAAGGGUGUAGAAUGAAUAGGUGGGACAUUAAUGAGACUAAGGAGAAGUAGGGGUUCCAUAAUGUUAAAGAAAAUAAAAAUAAAUGCUAUUUAGUGGAGAUGUGACUCACAAAACCUUCUUUGUAAACAACCAUAACACAGGCAUGAUAUAUUUGUAAAGUAUAUUCACAUAGAAAUACAAACAUACAUUCAUAUAGGAGGAAGGGACAGGUUGUUCACACAAAGGGGCUGCUGGAGGAAAACAAAAGAACAAACAAACAAGUGUGUGAGUAGCAGAGGAAAAGU